UGCUCACUCCUCCCAGACGCCAACCCAAAAGCCAAGAGCCACAGCGACCGCGACCGCGCCCAAUGCCGACCACGAGCACGUCGCCGGCGGCGGCGCACCGACGCCGGAGCCGCCGCCACCGCCCACCUCCUCCGCGCCAGCCUUGGUGCUGCUCCUUCGGCCUCGAUCCCCUCUCCUCCACCUGCCGGAGCCCCGUCCCCGCGCCGCCGCGAGCCAAGCCGGCCGCCACCGCCCCGCUCUCCCGCCGCAUACGCUCCCCCGGCCGCGUCUCCCCAAUCGACGAACCGUACACCGACGCCGCCUCGACGUGCCCUUCCGCGCGGCUGUCGUCUGUCAGCGAGUACCCGCUGCCUCCCCUGCCCCCGCCGCCCCCGCCGCCGGCGCCGGAGAGGCCAAAGGGCACUCUGCGGCUCAGGCUGGUGGCCAAGGGAUUGAUCCUGGAGGUGGACGAGGUGGAGAGGGUGCGUAGAGAGAGUAAGGUGGUCGACAGAGUUCUUCGGGGAGGAGGUGGCGGCAGCUGCGGCGAGGUGGCGGUGGAAGGAAAGGUGGAGGUGUGGGCGGUCAGGGAGGUUGUGGAGAUGAUGCUGCAAGAAGACGACGAGGUCAACGCGAUGAGGCGCCUCGCGCGCGGCGGCGUGGAGCGGGCCAUUAGCCUGCUGGAGGUAUCCUUCGCACUUAUAUUUGACAGAGGAAUUAACAGCUGUCUAAAAUAUCUCGAGGCUGUCCCAUGGAAUGAACCAGAAGAGGAGAAAAUUAAGAGCUUGCUUUCUCAGCAUUCUUCCAAUGAAGCAGCUUCACGAGAUUUGCUAGCAAGGUUACAGCCACAAAACUCCACCUCAUCUUCGGAGCUGGUAUUUGAACUCAUAGAGUGCAUCACAAAGGGGACCAACAAUAAUGCUCGCAAGGAGCUACGAACUCUUGUCGAUAGUAUCUUAUCCAGGACUCCCAUCCACGUAAAGCGUGAUAAGGAGCUGGACAAGACAAGUGUUUACCGUAUUUGCCAUUCUUGCCUGAACUGUCUGGUGGAAUUAUUUGAAGAAGCCUCUGACCUGAGCCCUACUGACCAAACAACCAUUUCUGUUGGAAAAGGACCACUUGAGAAAAUAUACAAGCAAGUUGAGGACCUCAACUGGCUGUUGCAGAUUCUAAUAGACAGGCAGAUGGGAGAGGAAUUUGUCGAUUUAUGGGCCAACCAGAAGACCCUUGCUGCUAUGCACAAACGGGUGUCACCAAUGGUACGCUACGAGCUCAGCCGUAUCUCUGCCACAGUUUUUAUUGCCAUGGGGAGUGGGAAGCUUCACUGUACCGGGGAGAAAAGGCUCGGCAUGUUUCAGGCCUGGUUUGGACCAAUGCUGGUUGAUUUCGGUUGGCUGAGGAGAUGUCCCAAGGGUCUCAACAUGACGAUGCUGGAGGAAGGAAUUGGGCAGUCGCUAUUGACACUCGCACUGAUGCAGCAGCAGACAUUGUUCAUGGAUUGGUUUGAGGCUUUUGGUCGACAAGGACGCGAAUGUCCAAACCUUAUGAGUUCCUUCCAGACCUGGUGGCGACGAUCUUUCGUGAGACCACUAGUUAGUAGCUGAGUGGGGUCUAGUUUAUUUGUGCAAUACACCGCAUAGGGAGUAAAUCUUUCAUCAUCUAUAGAAAUCGCCUAAGUUUCAUGCACACUUACCGUUUGUGUUCGAUAUUUUCAUAACGUUGGUAUAUAUGUAUGUAUAGCUCAUGAGAGAGAUUCCUGUUGAAGCCUCUGCUGGGAUGUAACAAAAACAUAUUCUUUGUCUGUUUCAUAUUCUAUGUAAGGUAUCUGCUGCGGUUUGUUAGGAAA